GAAUUGCCGUUGCCAUACCAUCCUUCAAGUCAUGUGAGCUGCGCCUCCUCUCUGACCAACCUUCUUUUGCCAUAGUCCUUUCAAUGCUGCGUUAUAGCUAUGGCGCGUAACCUUCUUCUUCUUCUUCUUCCCCUUCGUUUCAUCUCUCUCUGCAACAGCCAUGGAAGUUAAGGUUGCCCAUCUUCAUUUUUUUUGCAGUCGUGGUUUGAAAUAUUGAGAUAUCAGAAUAUUUCAUAUGGGUAUGGAGUUGACACGCUUCCUUCUCAUUUUCAUCGUCUACUUCGAGCUCUGCAUUUUGAGCUCCAAUGGUAUUAUAGACCAGAAUGAGAUUAUUAUCGACAGAGAAAGCUUGAUUUCUUUCAAAGCUUCGCUAGAAACCUCCGAAAUUCUGCCAUGGAACUCAUCACAUCCUCACUGCUUUUGGACUGGAGUUUCUUGCCGGCUCGGUCGAGUUACAGAGCUCUCUCUUUCAUCUCUUUCGCUCAAAGGCCGACUCUCUCAGUCGCUUUUCAACAUUUCGAGUCUCUCUGUUCUUGACCUUUCAAACAACUUUCUCUAUGGCUCAAUCCCACCUCAGAUAUCCAAUCUUCGGAGCUUGAAGGUGCUCGCUCUCGGCGAUAAUCAUUUUUCCGGUGAUUUCCCAAUCGAGCUCACCGAGUUGUCUCAGUUGGAGAAUCUCAAGUUGGGGACUAAUUUAUUCACAGGUAAAAUCCCGCCGGAGAUUGGAAAUUUGAAGCUGCUACGGACCCUUGACCUCUCCAGCAAUGCCUUCGUCGGAAAUGUCCCGCCCCACAUCGGAAACCUGACGGGGAUUCUAUCAUUGGACCUCGGUAACAAUCUUUUAUCAGGUUCACUCCCAUUGACUAUCUUUACUGACCUUAAAUCUUUAACGUCUCUGGACAUUUCAAACAAUUCGUUUUCGGGUUCAAUCCCACCUGAAAUUGGAAACCUACAGCAUUUGACUGAUCUUUAUAUCGGCAUUAACCACUUUUCCGGUGAGUUGCCUCCUGAAGUUGGCAACCUUGUAUUGCUGGAGAACUUUUUUUCGCCUUCUUGUUCUUUAACUGGUCCAUUACCUGACGAACUAUCCAAGUUGAAAUCAUUGAGCAAACUGGACCUUUCAUACAACCCACUUGGGUGUUAUAUCCCGAGAUCGAUUGGUGAGUUACAGAACUUAACUAUAUUGAAUCUGGUUUACACUCAGCUUAAUGGUUCUAUUCCUGCUGAGCUCGGGAGGUGCAGAAAUUUGAAAACAUUGAUGCUUUCAUUCAACUUUCUAUCUGGGGUGUUACCACAAGAGCUUUCAGAGCUUCCCAUGUUGACAUUUUCUGCUGAGAAGAAUCAGCUUUCUGGGCCAUUACCUUCCUGGCUUGGCAAAUGGGAUCAUGUUGAUUCUAUUUUACUCUCGAGUAAUCAUCUCAUGGGGGAAAUCCCUCCUGAGAUUGGAAAUUGCUCGAUGCUUAAUCACCUGAGUUUGAGCAAUAACUUGUUGACAGGUCCAAUACCUAAAGAAAUUUGUAAUGCUGCAUCCUUGAUGGAGAUUGAUCUUGACAGCAAUUUCCUCUCGGGUACGAUUGAUGAUACAUUUGUGCUGUGUAGAAACCUUACGCAGCUGGUUUUGGUAGACAAUCAGAUUGUUGGGGCAAUACCAGAGUACUUCUCAAACCUUUCCUUAAUGGUAAUCAACCUUGACUCUAAUAAUUUUACCGGUUCUUUACCUAGAAAUAUAUGGAACUCAGUGGAUUUGAUGGAGUUUUCUGCCGCAAAUAACCUGUUGGAGGGUCAUCUCCCUUCAGAAAUUGGCUAUGCAGCUUCACUUGAGAGGCUUGUUCUCAGCAGCAAUAGGUUGACAGGCGGUAUACCACAUGAGAUUGGAAAUCUCACAGCUCUUUCAGUUCUAAAUUUGAAUUCCAAUCUGCUUGAAGGAACUAUUCCUGCCAUGCUUGCAGAUUGCACUUCACUUACCACGUUGGACCUUGGAAACAAUAGUCUAAAUGGGUUGAUUCCUGAAAGACUUGCUAACCUUACUGAAUUACAGUGUCUAGUUCUGUCACGCAACAUGUUAUCUGGAGCCAUACCUUCCAAGCCCUCUGCUUAUUUUCGACAGGUUACUAUUCCUGAUUUGAGCUUUGUUCAGCAUCAUGGUGUUUUCGAUCUGUCUCAUAAUAGAUUGUCUGGUACCAUACCUGACGAACUGGGGAAUUGUGUUGUUGUAGUUGAUCUUUUGCUGAAUAAUAAUCUACUUUCUGGAGAGAUUCCUAGAUCUCUCUCUCACUUAACGAACCUGACAACCUUGGAUUUGUCUAGCAAUAUGCUUACUGGUCCUAUUCCCACAGAGAUCGGCAAUGCUCUCAAGCUCCAAGGCCUGUAUCUAUGGAAUAAUCACCUGGUGGGUACAAUCCCCGAAAGCUUCAGUCAUUUGAGUAGCUUGGUAAAGUUGAACUUGACUGGAAAUAAAUUAUCUGGUUCAAUUCCAAGAACUGUUGGUGAUCUGAAAGCUCUAACUCAUUUGGAUUUAAGUUCUAAUGAGUUGGAUGGUGAUCUUCCUUCUUCUCUGUCCAACAUGUUGAAUCUUGUCGGGCUGUAUGUACAGGAGAACAAGCUUUCUGGUCAGGUUGUUGAACUUUUCCCAAGUUCCAUGACAUGGAAGAUUGAAACUUUGAAUUUGAGUAAUAACUAUUUUGAGGGUGUCCUUCCACGAACAUUGGGCAACCUUUCAUACUUGACAACGUUGGAUCUUCAUGGAAAUAAGUUCACAGGGCAAAUCCCUUCAGAUUUUGGGGAUCUUAUGCAACUUGAAUACUUAGAUGUUUCAAAUAACAAGCUCUCAGGAGAAAUUCCAGAGAAAAUAUGCAGCCUUGUCAAUAUGGUUUACCUGAAUAUGGCAGACAACAGUCUGGAAGGGCCAAUUCCGAGCAGUGGCAUUUGCCAGAAUCUAUCCAGAAGUUCACUUGUGGGUAACAAGGGCCUUUGUGGAAGAAUCAUGGGUUUGAAUUGCCGGAUCAAAAUCUUGGAGAGAUCAGCAGCAUUGAAUGCUUGGAGCGUUGCUGGGAUCAUCAUUGUUAGUGUUCUUAUUGUUCUAACUAUCACAUUCGCCAUGCGGAGAUGGAUCAUUCGAAGCCAGAGAGAGAACGAUCCAGAGGAAAUGGAGGAAAGAAAAUUAAAAUGUUUCAUAGACCCUAAUCUCUAUUUCUUAAGCAGCAGCAGCAGAUCGAGAGAGCCUUUAAGCAUCAAUGUAGCCACGUUCGAGCAACCCCUUCUGAAAUUAACUUUGGCUGAUAUUCUCGAAGCAACCAAUAACUUCUGUAAAACAAACAUCAUUGGAGAUGGAGGAUUCGGGACAGUGUACAAGGCCACAUUACCUGAUGGAAAAAUUGUUGCCGUGAAGAAACUAAGCGAAGCAAAAACACAGGGGCACAGAGAAUUUAUAGCUGAAAUGGAAACCAUAGGCAAAGUGAAGCACAAUAAUCUUGUACCACUACUUGGCUACUGUUCUCUUGGGGAGGAGAAGCUCCUAGUCUAUGAAUAUAUGGUGAAUGGUAGCUUGGAUCUUUGGCUAAGAAACCGAAUCGGUACCCUCGAAGUCCUUAACUGGGAGACUCGAUUUAAAGUCGCUUCAGGCGCAGCUCGUGGAUUGGCGUUUCUUCACCAUGGAUUCAUCCCCCACAUCAUUCAUAGGGAUGUUAAAGCAAGCAAUAUACUCCUCAACCAAGACUUCGAACCAAAAGUUGCCGACUUCGGGUUGGCUAGACUGAUCAGUGCUUGUGAGACUCAUGUCACAACUGAGAUUGCUGGAACUUUUGGUUACAUCCCACCGGAGUACGGGCAGAGUGGGAGGUCUACUACAAAGGGGGACGUUUAUAGCUAUGGUGUAAUCCUACUGGAAUUGGUAACUGGGAAGGAACCAACAGGGCCCAACUUUAAAGAGAUUGAGGGCGGAAACCUGGUUGGUUGGGUGUUUCAGAAGAUCAACAAGGGGCAGGCUGCAGACGUUCUUGACGCCACAGUACUGAAUGCUGAUUCCAAGCAUAUGAUGCUUCAAACCCUUCAGAUUGCUUGGGUUUGCUUAUCAGAAAAUCCUGCUAACAGACCUUCCAUGCUUCAGGUAUUGAAGUUUCUUAAAGGGAUCAAAGAUGUGUAAAGGGUAACACGAAAGGUUCUUACUUUCAGCUGAGAAUAACACUGUAAAGAAGUAUUUAGGAGUAUAUGCUCAAAAUGUUCACAUUUGUGUUAACAUUUUAUCUGCUGCUAAUCUAAUCUAAAGCUGAGGAGAAAA